GUGGGGGGUGGUGCCUCUCUGAACAUGGAAGCAGACCCAGUCCUCUAGUGGGUGAGAAGUGGAUCGUCCGACGGAGACUCGCUUUCUGAGGCUUCAGCGGCAGCAGGACUCUGACUCUUCCCUCCUGCUGAGGUCCAGCAUCUGGACAGAACCUCGAACAACCAGCUGCAGUGGGUCUGAACCGGGUCCGUCUCCGGCGUGUGAAGCUCCUUUAGUUUGAGUCUCUACUCGAAGCUUCCAGCAGCAGAACCACAGAUCCUCCUCUGUGAACUCCACUCAGGAUGGUGGAGGAGCGCAUCUACUCCGCCACGGGCAUGGCCGCCAGGCUGAGGAGCCAGUGGGACCGGGAUGAAGGUCUGGGGCAGAACGACAACGCGGUGAAGUUCCUGGGUCAGGACUACGAGUCUCUGAGAUCCCAGUGCCUGCAGAGCCGGAGGCUGUUCGAGGACAACCUGUUCGCCUGCGCCUCCUCGUCCCUGGGGUUCGACGAGCUCGGCCCGAGAUCCUCCAAGACCCAGGGAGUCCGCUGGAUGAGACCCACGGAGUUCUGCAAGCAGCCCGAGUUCAUCGUGGACGGAGCGACUCGCACAGACAUCUGUCAGGGAGCUCUGGGCGACUGCUGGCUGCUGGCUGCCAUCGCCUCGCUGACCUUAAACACCUCCCUCCUCCACCGGGUGGUUCCUCACGGCCAGAGCUUCCAGCAGGGAUACGCCGGCAUCUUCCACUUCCAGUUCUGGCAGUUCGGUGAGUGGGUGGAGGUGGUGAUCGACGACCGGCUGCCGGUGAAGGACGGGAAGCUGCUGUUCGUCCACUCGGUGGAGGGGACGGAGUUCUGGAGCGCGCUGCUGGAGAAGGCCUACGCCAAGCUGAACGGCUGCUAUGAAGCUCUGUCGGGGGGGAGCACGUCCGAGGGGUUCGAGGACUUCACCGGCGGCGUGACGGAGAUGUUCGACCUCCCCAAGGCGCCGUCUGACCUCUACAGCAUCAUGCACCGGGCCAUCGAGCGGGGGUCACUGCUGGGCUGCUCCAUCGACGCCACCAGCACACAGGACAAGGAGGCCGUGACCUUCAAGAAGCUGGUGAAGGGACACGCCUACUCUGUGACCGCGGUGGACGAGGUGGUGUACAGAGGGAACCCGACCAAGCUGGUCCGCAUCAGGAACCCCUGGGGGGAGGUGGAGUGGACCGGGGCCUGGAGCGACAACUCCAGAGAGUGGGACAGCGUGGACCGCUCCGCCAGAGGUCGGCUUCAGAACCAAAGUGACGACGGGGAGUUCUGGAUGUCCUUCAGCGACUUCCUGCGUGAGUUCAGCCGUCUGGAGAUCUGUAACAUCACGGCCGACGCUCUGCAGAACAACCAGCUGAAGAAGUGGAGCUCCUCGCUCUACCAGGGGGAGUGGAGGAGAGGCAGCACAGCAGGGGGCUGCAGGAACUUCCCAGCCACCUUCUGGCUCAACCCGCAGUUCAAGAUCGCCCUGCAGCACCCGGACGCCCCCGGCCAAUCAGAGUGCAGCUUCCUGGUGGCCCUCAUGCAGAAGGACCGCAGGAAGAAGCGUCGAGAAGGAAAAGACAUGGAGACCAUCGGGUUCGCCCUGUACGAGGUUCCAGACGAGUUCGCGGGCCGGUCCGGGGUCCACCUGAAGAGGGACUUCUUCCUCACCCACGGCUCCAGCGCUCGCUCCGAGCUCUUCAUCAACCUGAGGGAGGUCAGCUCGCGGCUGCGGCUGCCGGCGGGCGAGUACAUCAUCGUGCCGUCCACGUUCGAUCCCAACAAGGAGGCCGACUUCGUCCUCAGGGUUUUCUCUGAGAAGCCGGCGGCCUCCGAGGAGCUGGACGACGAGGUGGAGGCGGCGCUACCCACUGAGGUCGAGGUGGACGAGAGCCAGAUCGACGCCGCCUUCAAGAACCUGUUCAGGCAGCUGGCCGGGCCGGACAUGGAGAUCAGUCUGAAUGAGCUGCAGACCAUCCUCAACAGGAUCAUCAGCAAACAUAAAGACCUGAAGACGGACGGCUUCACCAAAGAGGCGUGUCGCAGCAUGAUCAACCUCAUGGACACGGACGGCAGCGGGAAGCUGGGCCUGACGGAGUUCCACGUCCUCUGGGAGAAGAUCAAGCGCUACCUGACCAUCUUCAGGCAGUUCGACUUGGACAAGUCGGGCACCAUGAGCUCGUAUGAGAUGAGGAUGGCUCUGGAGUCCGCAGGUUUCAAGUUGACCAACCACCUGUUCCAGCUGAUCAUCCUGCGCUACACCGAGGCCGACAUGGCCGUGGACUUCGACAACUUCGUGACUUGUCUGGUCCGACUGGAGACCAUGUUCAAAACCUUUAAGACCUUGGACACAGACGCAGACGGAGAGAUAACCCUCAACUUCUUCCAGUGGAUCAGCCUGACCAUGUUUGCCUAGAGAUGAGCGGCCAUCUUGUGACUCCAGCAUCCGGCUGCAGCUCCCAGUGUCUCUCUCAAGUGCCUUUUCUCCUGCGCCUCCUUGUCCUCCUCGUCCUCCAGGCUGCUCCUCCCUCCUCCUCCGAGGCUGAAGACUCGAUCCAUCGUCCCUGUGCCUGUAUCACAAACACCUGCCGACACGUCCCAGCAGCAGGGGGCGCUCUUCUUUAGCCUGGCAGCCAGCGCAGCAGCCAGUCAGGUGUGCCUCUGUAGCCGACCUCUAGGGGGCAGAAGUGAUCCUAUUUAGAGAGGGCAGACAAAUCCAAAAUGUUAUCAUAAAGUAAAUAUAAUAAAUUAAAACAUCUCAGUAGCAGACCUGUCGGGGGCCAAAGUUAUGCUGCUGCUUUAAUUUCAGAAUGUGGAGAAUUCUUUUUUAGUUUUAAUCAGAAAUGAACUUUCACGUAAUUCAGAAAUUAUCUCACGUAUAUUUUUAAAGUUACUGCAGCCUGUUGUUAUUGUUUGAAGAAUCGAACUACGAGCCACUAGCUUGUUACACAGGACAAACCAAGAGCGUCAAGGAUUUGAAGUCAAACAAAUUGGUUUAAAUAUGUUUACAAACAUGCAUUCAUUAUGUUGUUUAGCAAAAUGCGUCUUUUCAUUUAUAUUUUUGUUUUGUUUUUAUUUGGGGAAAGAUUUAAGUUUGGUGGUUUUGAUCUGAAUUAUCUCUCAUGGUUUUCUUUUUAUGAGAAAGUUAGAUUUGGUUGUUUAAGGCCUCUUGUAGGGUUGAAGGAGGAACUCAUCCACACACACACACACACAAACACACACAUUUUAAACACAAACACGAUCACCUUUGAAAAUUGUGCCAAAACUAAUUUUUCAUUUUUUGUCAUUUUAUUCUUUUAAUCUACAUUGAACCAAAAGUGUGAAAGUUUGCUGUCAUAUUUUGGUCAUUUAAGAAGUUUACUUAUGAAUAUGAUAUAACUAUUCUCCUUAAUGAUCUUUUCAUCAUGUAGCACCAGCUAUUAAAUGACACUUCUGCAUGACCAUGUUCUUCUGCUGAUUGACUUCUUAACGAUGGGAAUGUGACUUCCUGUCAAACAGGAAGUGCAGAUCCUCUUUCCUUCUCUUUCAAGGUGCUUGAAGCUCAGAUCUUCUCCUACCAGAGGAACUCUUCUAUCAUCUGAAACAUCUGAGCUCCUGAAUGUUCAUAAUGUGUUUGAGUGGAUCUGCUGGUCUGGGGUCAGGUGACCUCUGACCUGUGCAGAGCAGAGACCUGCUGGUUUGAUUUCUUUCAGUGAAUCUAUUUAGCUUCAGAACUGCUGCUCAUCUUUAUGCAUGGAGCUUUCUACUGACUGUUUGACUAAAGAAUACUUUUAUAUGACGGCAGAAGAUAAUAAAGGGCCUUGUCAGUUACUCCUGUCAGAGGGAACUCGUCAGUACUGACAGAGAAACAGUACUGACAGAUGAAUGUUGUGUGCAUGCUGUGAGACGUUGUGUUUCUAUUUUGAAGAGUUGUAUUAACAAAGUGUCAUCGAUCCAGAUACAAUCAACUGACAGUGUCUGUUCUGCCAACUGACCACUUUUUAUCUUUUAACAUGGAAGAGUUGCAUUUUUAUCAAUAUGUUUCCUGCGUGUGCUCCUGUGAGAAUCUGCAGCGUCAUGUUGAGUUUGUGCAGCGUCAUGCUUAUGCAACCUCAGCUCAUGUUGACAGAGGAGCGCCCUGGUUCCCUUUGGACCCGCUCCUCAUGUUGGUUCACUGCUCAGCUUCCUGUCAGACUUCAAUCACUCUCUGAAAAUAAAAACUGAGGUUUUCACCA